UGUUGCUAGUUGGAUGUAUCAAUUCGUUUAAUAUAUUAAUUGUGACAUGAUGACACUGUGGGCGAUACAUUAGUUUAUGUGUUUAAGGUUUGCGCUUCCGAGUGACGUCACAACAUUGUUGUUGUUACAGUGGACGAAAGAUGGCGGCCCGCUGGAGCAGUGAGAAUGUUGUGGUGGAGUUCAGAGAUUCUCAGGCCACCGCUAUGUCAGUGGACUGCCUGGGCCGCCAUGCUGUGCUAUCUGGGAGGCGCUUCCUGUACGUGGUCAAUCUUGAAACCCCUUCGGAGGCCCCGCGGAAAAUAAGUCGCCAGAGCAAGUGGGACGUGGGGACGGUGCAGUGGAACCCACACGAAUCCGGGGCCUACCUCUUCGCUGCCUCUAGCAAUCAGCGGGUGGACCUGUACAAGUGGUGUGAUGGGGCUGGGGAGAUCCACACAUCCCUGCAAGGGCACACACGUGUCAUCAGUGACCUGGACUGGUCUUGGUUUGAACCAGAAUUUCUUGUCACCAGCUCUGUGGACACCUAUAUUUAUAUCUGGGACACCAGAGAUACAAGGAAGCCCACUGUUGCUCUGUCUGCUGUAGCGGGGGCCUCUCAGGUGAAGUGGAACAAGCGGAACCAGUACUGCCUGGCCUCCAGCCACGACGGAGACGUGCGCAUCUGGGACAAGCGGAAACCCAACACAGCUGUGGAAUAUGUGGCUGCCCACCUGUCCAAAAUACACGGCCUGGACUGGCAUCCAGACAACGAAUAUAUCCUAGCCACUUCCAGCCAGGACAACUCAGUGAGGUUCUGGGACUACAGACAGCCACGGAAAUACCUGAACAUCCUGUCCUGCCAGGUGCCGGUGUGGAAGGCGCGAUACACACCCUUCUCCAACGGCCUGGUGACGGUGAUGGUGCCGCAGCUCCGGCGGGAGAACAGCCUGCUCCUGUGGAGCGCCCUGGACCUCAACAACCCGGUGCACGCCUUCGUGGGCCACGACGACGUGGUGCUGGAGUUCCAGUGGCGCCGGCAGAAGGAGGGCUCCAAGGACUACCAGCUGGUCACUUGGUCCAGGGACCAGACGCUCAGAAUAUGGCGUGUGGACCCACAGCUCCAGAAGCUUUGUGCCAAUGACAUCAUGGAGGGUGUGGAGGAGCUGAUCGAGGGGAUGACGCUGACUCCAGAUUCGGAGAAGACGCUGCAGUCCCAGGACCCUGAACCCCCACUGGCCCCCAGCCUCUCUACAGAGGACCCAGAAGAUCAGCAGGAUGAUCCCCAGUCUGGCCUGCUCCCCAACAGCAAACAGGAGCCUCCUGGCCUCCCCCAGACCCUGCAGCAGGAGUUCUCAUUGGUCAACCUGCAGAUCCGCAACGUUAAUGUGGAGAUGGACGCUGUAAACCGGAGCUGCUUUGUGUCGGCACACUGUGGCACCAACCGGGUCCGCCUGGUGGUGAAGUUCCCAGCGCAGUACCCCAACAACGCUGCUCCCUCCUUUCAGUUUGUGAGCCCCACGACCAUUCAGUCAACCAUGAAGACCAAGAUCCAGAAGAUCCUGACGGACACGUCUCUGCAGAAAGUGAAGAGGAAUCAGAACUGUCUGGAGCCGUGCGUGAGGCAGCUGGUGUCCUGUCUGGAGUCCUGCAUGACUCAGGACGACAGUGCUGCCGCCAACCCGUACGUGGUGACCCCGCCCCUGCAGCCCUUCCCGCGUGUCACCAACACCUACGGCUCCUACCAGGACGCCAACAUCCCCUUCCCGCGCACCUCUGGGGCGCGCUUCUGUGGGACCGGUUGCCUAGUGUACUUCACCAGGCCCAUCACCAUGCACCGCUCCGUGUCCCCCACCGAGCCCACUCCCAGGUCCCUGUCGGCCCUGUCCGCCUACCACAGCGGGGUCAUGACCCCCAUGAAGAUGCGCAGCGAGUCGCAGAGCACUCUCCGGCUGUACAGCGGCAGCCCCACCCGCACCGACAAGGAGCAAGUCUCCAUCUCCUCCUUCUACUACAAGGAGCGGAAGCAUCCACUGUCUGGCCCCCGCCGCUGGUCCGUUCAGACCAUUCAGGACUGCCCGAAAUCGCGCCGGUGGAAGAGCAAGCGGGAAGGGGCCGACUCCGCUAACCGACCCAUCAAGCUGGCGGGAAAAGUCAUCAUCCAGGAGAUCUCCUGCCUGCUGCCUCUCCACAAAAUCCUGGGGGAGACGUACAUUCUGAAUGUGAACGACAUCCAGGACACGUGUCAGAGAAACGCAAGCGCAGCUCUCACUGUGGGCCGCAGGGACCUGGCCAAGGUCUGGGCGCUGGCCUCGGCCGCCACCGACUGUGACCUGAGCCCAAACUCGGACCCGGAUGCCGGCACCCCCUGGGCCCGGCACCCCUUUGGGCGCCACCUGCUGGAGACACUAUUGGACCACUACAGCAAAAUGAGUGACAUCCAGACCAUGGCCAUGCUGUGCAGUGUUUUUGAGGCCCAGGGCUGCCCCCAGGACUACUACUCUCUGUUUGGACACCACCCUCCCCGAACCACCGGCGUCCCCCCGCACCACACCCGCUUUCCCAGCUACACCUCUGGAUCCGUCACAUCUGGCUCCUGCUCCAGCACCUCAGACUCUGGGCCCAACACAGCCGCCUGGAACAUUGUUGGCCGAGACCCAGAACUCACUACCUGGACUGAGUCCUCUCCAGAUGAUUAUCGCUAUGGAAACCAAGUAUACACAGAUCCACGAGAGCGGGAAAAAGACCAGCAUGACAUGAAUAAAAGGCUCCUCGACCCAGCGAACGUCUUGCAGUUUGACGACUUCAAGAAGUGCUACGGCGAGAUCCUCCAUCGCUGGGGGCUGCGGGAGAAGAGGGCCGAGGUGCUCAAGUUCGCCUCCUGUCCUCCAGAGCCACACAAGGGCAUCGAGUUCGGGGUGUACUGCUGCCACUGCCGCAGCGAGGUGCGGGGGACCCAGUGCGCCGUCUGCAAGCGGCUGACCUUCCAGUGCGCCAUCUGCCACGUGGCCGUGCGCGGCUCCUCCAACUUCUGCCUCAGCUGCGGCCACGGCGGCCACACCAGUCACAUGAUGGAGUGGUUCCGCUCCCAGGAAGUGUGCCCCACGGGCUGUGGCUGCCACUGCCUCCUGCAGAGCACCUUCUGACCCCUCCCCCCCCCCCCACUGCAUUAUGGGAUUGAUAGAGCCCAUACCUUAAACAAAUGCACCCGGGCAUGCUGACUGGCGCCUGUGAGGGAGCUCUCUCCCCUCCGAAGCCGCCUCACUGCGUUCGCUCUGCUGAACCUCACGUACCGCACACACAAGCAGAUCUUAUACGGACUCGUUCGUUUUAUUUAUUUUUUGGACCAUCUUCUCCUUUUUUUUUUUGUUUCUCAUUUAAUACAGUUUUGUCCAUGUCACAGAGUCUCCUUGAAGACAUACACAUUAAAUUCACGCCCUUGUGCCAGACAGUUAUGAUGGAGUAUUACUGUCCUGCUUAAGCCAGUGGUAUUUAUUAAUGAAGAAAACCUUUAAGGUUUAGUGUUCUAUUUUGCACCUGUGCUGUUUCUGAAAACUGCAUUCUGUGUGAAGUAGCAUGUACAGACAAUGCUGUAUACAUAUUGUGCCAUAUGUAAAGAAAUAAAUAUGUUUGAUUUAUA